AGUAGAUAUACCUACGUGGGGCGCCUCUUGUAAGAGAGCCUCCCAGUUGGUAACCUCUCGAGUCCUUCACCAACCCACAUACCCAGUUAGGGACAUAUCUACCUACCUACCUGCCUACCUCAAUCUUUUCCUCCCGAGAUAUCCACCUGCUUCCUUUUUCUACCUCCCUCGGUUCUACGCACCUUCGCACGCCCUCGGCAGGCCUUUGGAACUUCAUUUCCCGACACCUGCCUGCCCAUAACCCACUCCCGCUACGCCCUGCCAUCCGGCCACGUUGUGACAAUGGCCGAGAUCCAGGCACAACUCCAGAGCCUGUCGGAGGAAUUCACGGCACUGCAACAAGAGCUGCAGACUGUUGUCCAGUCCCGACAGAAGCUCGAAGCUCAGAAGCAGGAAAACACAAACGUGCAGAAGGAAUUCCAAAAUCUCAAGGAUGGCGAGAACAUCUACAAGCUGGUUGGACCAGUGCUGCUAAAGCAGGACAAGGUAGAGGCCGAGAGCACGGUCAAUGGACGACUAGAGUUCAUCAGCAAAGAGCUGGAGAGAACGGAAAGCCAUAUCAAGGAUGUUCAGGAGAAGAUUGAGAAGAAGAAGGGGGAGAUUAUUCAGGCCCAAGCUAGUCUACAGGCGGGCAGCGGAGGACCAGCACAGGUUGCCGCACAAGGAUAAAAAGCGCAAGAAAUACUAACCAGAACAAAUGCCCUCGAUAUACCUACCUGCCAUUUACAAGCGGAUCAGAGAGAGCGAGCAACGCGUUUGUCAACUGAUGGGCACACUCCGGCCUGUUAAAGGCGACUCGUAUAUCCCCACACAAGAAUGGCACAUGUCAAGUUCUAGCAUCACUUGUAUGCUGAGUGUUUACAUUCUAUACGAGCUGUAGAUAAUAGCCGCAGCGAUGUUAUGUCCAAAAGGACAGUAGGUACCUAGGUAAUUCUUUACGGAUUUACAGAUGCUGGUACAACUCCCAAUGUUACCUAGGAAGUGCCUAUCCAUUCUCGGGUCUUGUAGGUACCUGAGAGGUACCUGACCUAAUCCAGCUUAAGUAGGUACGUACCUACAUUGUCGCAUGCACCUUGUAGGCAGGUACCUUGAGUUGUACAUCUGCCCCGCGAUCCGACCUCGCACCCCUCCAUAGGUAUUUCUCUGUGCGCCCUUACCUCC